AUGCUGGCCGCUCUCUCUAAGCCUGCUCCCUCGAAGGGAUUGAGAGUUAUCAUCUAUGGUGGUGCUGGCUUCAUUGGAAGUCGUCUGGCCCUGUAUAUGCAUCAUAUUGGUUGUCAUGUUACUGUUGUUGAUCAUGACAACUCGCAGAUCUUGGUUGCUCUGAAGGAGGCUGGCAUUGAGGAGAUACUGUAUAUGAGCAGGGAUGACUGUGAUUAUGAAGCUCAGAACCAAGACAAAGAUGUUGCUAUUCUUAUGGCUGGCAAUCCGUCUGUCCGCUCCUGUUCGGAUGCUUUUGGUUCUAUUUCGAAUAGCGUCUAUAACUUGUCGCGCUUUCUAAGUGCUAAGCGUCCGGAAGGUCAAGUUGUGAUUUAUGCAAGUAGUUCUAGUGUGUACGGUGACACUACUGGUAUGGUCAAUGAGGAGUACAGCGAAUACAAGGGCCAUAACUAUUAUGAUAUCUGCAAGAAGUCUAUGGAUCUGGUAGCCCAGUAUUAUAUCAGCCAUAGAGGCUCUAAGGACAAGAUUUAUGGUGUCCGUAUGGGAACUGUGUGCGGAUGGUCGCUGAAUCUUCGCAGUGACGUUAUGGUGAAUGCUAUGGCAUAUUCCGCUCUCACUCGUAAGAAGGUUGGUAUCUUUGUGGAGCAUGUGCAUCGACCAGUGUUGGCUCUUGAAGAUCUUUGCCGAGCUGUUGAAGCUCUUAUUGAGCACCGUCCGGAACCUGGUCUCUAUAACCUCGCCAGUGUUCAACAUACAGUUUAUGAAUUUGGUAAGAAGGUGUCUGACUUCUUCAACGUCCCUCUCGUACGUGAGCAGUUGGUUCCGGGUACUCAAGGCAACGAGAAGUUCACUAAGACGACUUACGACUUCUGCGUUNNNNGCUGCUAUCAUGAUAGGGAAACCGUCCUGGUAACCAAUCUAAUAGCUUCUACUCAUAUCAACCCUUCAUAA